AGAAUAGGUCUCAUGCAGUUCUCUAUAUACCGUGGUCUCAUGCCGCGCUUGUUGAAAGCCGGCGGCCGGCCGCAAGCGAUUCGAUAAUUUAUACCGAAUUUUUUGACGAGUCUGAAGCCUAUGUCCUAUAGGUAUCUUGUCCUAAGUAGCCCUAAGCCAUAACAAGUUGAGAAUCUCGAGCACGACCUCGAAUUUGAGAACAAGAUCUAAUCUAUGAAUGGGAAAAAAUGGAGGCCUUGAACUUGAGAUAGAUAAGUCGGUAUUCUUAUAGCAUCAAAGUUCGAAGGUGAAGGAGGCAUGUCGAUUUGUUGAGCACAACGCGUUUUUUUUUGGACCAACUCACUGUCCUUCUUCAUCUUCACCUUGUCCGGCCUCCGAGCUGGCGGUCGUCCCGAUCAGAGGCAACCGGCGGCGCGGUCGUCCUGGCGAAAUGCCGAUGGAAUAUCCGAGAGAAGACUGCCAUCGCUGAAGGGGACGCGACUCCAGUCUUUGAUGGACCAGCGGAUAUCAGCGUUUCCGGGCCAACGGCAGCCGCGGGAUCUUCUGGGCUAGCCUAACUACAUAGCUGUCAGUUCCGUCUGGAAGCAGAACUUCUUGUGUGAUCGGCUCGGGUGAUCGACGUGGAGGCAUCUUAUGAAGGUGCCUGCCCCGUGUCGGACACUAUGCGGUCGCCGCGGGCCGCCCUGGCGUGGCAUCUCUGCUGGGGCAUUGUCGUCCACAUGGCGGGCGCGCACAAAGACCAUUGCGUGCACGUGCACCCCCGGCCGGACGAGGUGAUCCACGGCGUGCACAUAGAGCCGGCGCACGUGAUGAGGCGCCGCUCAGCGGACCAGCAGCUGAGGGUCAAACUAAGCUACGACCGCAGUGUGUUCAGGUUAAGCAAGGAGAAGUUCGAUCUCAUUAAUAAUACAGUACUGCCUCAGGCGGUACAAUACUGGGAAAAGGCGCUACGAGUUAGAAGAGUAGAAAACGUCAUUAGAUUAAAUAGGAAGUGUCUCGAUAAUAAAGUGUUUUAUAAGAAGGGCGAUCCACUGCCUUACUGUAAGAGUGAGUGUGAAAAUGUGACCAUGUGUGGAGAGGUAGCCGUGCCGACCGACCAUCUGCAGGCGUGCCGCGUCUGUAACUGGCUGGGACGCGACUGUCAUGUGGCUGAGGAGGCCACUGGGCCCGGUCUGACCGGCGCCGACUUUGUGUUCUACAUCUCUGCCCUGGAGACGGACCGCUGCCACCGGGGUAUGACGGUGGCAUACGCGGCCCACUGCCAGCAGGAGGCGGCGCUCGACAGGCCGAUCGCCGGGCACGCCAACCUGUGUCCAAGCAGCAUCUCCACCAAGCAGCAGGAGCUGCAGACGCUCAUAUCCACCGUUAAACACGAGAUGCUGCACGCGCUGGGCUUCUCGGUCAGCCUGUACGCCUUCUUCCGGGACAAGGAGGGCAACCCGCUCACAGAGCGAGGCGAGACCGGCAAGCCGCUGCUCAACCCGGCCUCCCAAUUCCUGCAUCCCGACAAAGUCCUGGAGUACCUGAAACAGAUACUGGCCGGCAAAAGCCUGCAGGCCCGCCAGUGGUCGGACAAGAUCAUCAAGACGUUCCAGCGGCCCGGCUGGCUGACGGCCGAGGGUAACGUCACGCGCACAGUGCAGAUGGUCGUCACGCCGCGGGUCGUCGAGGAGGUGCGGCGCCAUUUCGACUGUCCGGAGCUGGAGGGUGCCGAGCUGGAGGACCAGGGAGAGGAGGGCACAGCGCUCACCCACUGGGAAAAGCGGCUCUUCGAGAACGAGGCGAUGACGGGCACGCACACGCAGAACCCGGUGUACUCUCGGCUGACGCUGGCACUGAUGGAGGACACCGGCUGGUACCUGCCCAACUACGAAAUGGCCCAGCCGCUGCGCUGGGGGCGCGGCCUCGGCUGUCAGUUCGCCAUGAACAGCUGCAAACACUGGAUGGAUAUGCGCGCUGCCCGGAACGAGUCGCCGCACCCGUUCUGCAAUAAGGUGAAGCGGGAUCCGUUGGAGACGGAGUGUACGGAAGAUCGCAACUCGGUGGCGCUGUGUAACCUGGUGCAGUACCAGGACCGCCUGCCGGCCAGGUACCAGAACUUUGACUCGGUGCCACAGGUGCCCUCCUCCCGGACCGGCUACUACGGCGGCUCAGUGAUCCUGGCCGACUACUGUCCCUACAUCCAGGAGUUCACCUGGAAGUCAAACAACGUGAUCGUGCGCGGCUCGCACUGCUCCUUCUCCGAGAACAACCCCGACGAGGACCGGAAUUUCGCGCUGGAGGAGUACGCGGCCAGCAGCCGGUGCUUCGAGCACACCCGGCUAUGGGAGGAGCGCACGUGCCACAAGGUGCGCCAGUGGCAGCACUGGGGCUCCGGCUGCUACCGGCACGCCUGUCUGGCCGGAAGGGUGCACGUCACCGUGGCCAACCACACGUACACGUGCUUUCACGAAGGUCAGGAGAUCGACAUCAGCCUGCUGUCCAACUCGUGGCUGCACGUGGGCGCCAUCCGGUGUCCGCGCUGCUCUCAGAUCUGCCCGGACAUGGAGUGUAAGCCGGACCGGCCAGUGCCCGAGACGGUGCGCUACUACGCCGACAGUCUGCGCUGCGGCGCCGGCGCGCUGGCGGCCUCCGCCGCGGCGCCCGCCCUGCUGGCCGCCGCCUGGAGCCUGGCACUGGUAUGGCAGUGACCGGGGCGGCCGUGAGGUCACAGACACCCAUCCAGGCGCGACCGGCCGCCGUGAGGCCAAUGACAAAUCAAAUCAGUGUGCGCCGGCCCCAGCGCUGGGCCCCAGGUCAUCCGCUGGGCCCUGCGGAGGGCCCUGGGUCGUCCGCCGGGCCCUGCGGAGGAUCCUGGGUCAGCCACCGGGCCCCAGCGUGGGGCCCUGGGUCGUCCGCCGGCCGGCAGUGCUCAGCUGCAGUCGGCUCAGAGGUACACGAGGGCAGCCAGUGACGGGUUAUGCUAUACCUACUCUGGUGCUCAGCUUGGACUAUAAUUGUAAAAGUCGCAAACAUUGUUCAGUCAUCGUAGGAACUUGAUCAAGAACAGUCAUCUCAGAGCUGAAGUAACAGGCAUAUCCUGGUUUUUGCAUAGCAAUUUAUAAAGUUAUGAAAUCAUAUCAUGCUCUUGCUUCGAUAAAAAUCGUACAUUUUUAACCACAUUUCACGUAAACAAAAAGGGAUCGAGUUAGUUAAACCGUUCCUUUUCUAUUGAGUUCCUGACUGGCUGUACCCUGCCGUGCAUCUCGAGUCGGCUGCAGUGGCGGCCCAGCGCGUUUUAUGUGAUACCAGGGCACGAGAUUGACAUGUACUCGUCCGUAUGGUGGAUCGGCCCGCCGGCUGCCGGCCUCAUUAUUAGCCGUCGUCCGCCGGUGUUGUUGAAUACUCAGAAUAUCGCUGUGUGUACCCGUGUCCAUGAGCCCCGUCCCCUCGUCUCGCCGCGUCUCAUUUCACCAUUCCACUGUUCGUUUGUUUGUCCUCACCGUUCAUACUCAGUCCCCCACCUCUGUUUCACAUACACACUCCAUCCCCGCACACUACCUCGUCGGCAGCUCUUUGCCACCUCCCCUCGCCCCGUCACCGCCCUGCCUAUUUAUUACUCACCACCCCCUCCCCACCUCGUACAUGAGUCCCCUCGCCCGCCCAGCGACCUGCGGUCAGCCCUACCUGAUGUCCUGUGGGAUAGGUACUCAGUCUGCCAAUCACCCACUGACCCUCACCUAGUUUCCGGCACCCUCUCCCAGCGCUAAACACGGUCAUCCUGUGGCCAGCGGGCCAGGGUCGCCUCCAGGGCAGCUCGUCAGUCAGUCUGUCAGGUCAUCAUCAGUUCAGUCUAUCAGUAUAUCCCCGGCUAGUACACAUUGCUCGGCACGCAUCAGAGGGAGGGUGCUGCACAUUAGGACAGACGAAAAGGACACAGUCUCAUUGGACCCGCGAGGGCUCAGCGAAAGAACUCCGCUAAAUGAGAGUUGAAGACAAUGAUAGGUAAUGUAAAACUAUGUUGCACUGCUAGUUAAUGCGUGUUAAUGCGUGUUAUUAUUCGCCCAUUUAUAUCCUUCAAAUCGGUCAUCUGUCCAAGCUUUUACAAGUCUUACGUCCGUAGCCGUGCAGUGGCCUAAACAUUCCAAGGGCCUUUGUUUUCGCACGAAUUGUCUAUUUUCUGUUUUCAUCCGUUUGACUAUUGUUUGUUUAUAUGGCCAGUUCUCUCGAGAAAUGCGGUCAGCAUUGUUGUUCCUGGGCUUGUAUAUUCGCCCUGCCUGGCUGUCCAUGACUGAUAUGUUUCGUAGGUAUAAUUCUGGUGGCUGAUGGCGUCCACCAUUGAAGCGCAGCUGCGCCACCUAUGUCUGUACUCGGUCGUGAUACCGGUUCAUGAUUCCAUUCCACACUCGAUUGAAUGUAGAGCUUGGGAGCUGCCUCAUCGACAUUGAGCUGGAGGAAAAAAAACUGGGUUGCUUCAGUCAUGACUGACAGUAUAUUGGCGGAUGUUUUCCCGAUCUAACGUUUUUUGAAUCAUCGGCGUCCAGCACUCUCCCAGUUCCACAGGCGCGUUCCGUUCCGUUCAAUUCCGUUUCGACCACAGUGGCCCGCCUCCAGUCCAGUACAACCACCUGCCUCUGCUCCGGGCGGAAACUCCGUGAACCCACUCCGAGCUCCCGCUCCGGCGCUCCGCGCACCAUCCUGUGAUAGCUACCGUCGGCUGGUUCCGAGCCGGUCCGCGGCGCGGCGCCACCGUCGGCCCUGUCCCGCCCAGUUGAGUGCUUCCAGAGACGGCUCAGCGCCGCGGAGGAUGCGCCCAGGCGCGCGCGUGUCCGCCGCCGAGUGUAGUGCUGCUCGUCAUGUUUAUGCGUCCGUCGAAGCGAGAUCAAAUACAGUGUGCGUGUCACCAA